AUGCCUUCUCAGUACGUUGUUGUAGAAGCUCGUUUGAUUGAUGGUAGUGACAACAAUGUUCAAUAUUCGGUCGCCGGAACCCCACAUCAACCUUAUUUAAGGGCCAUUAGUUCUCUGAAUUUCAAUCAAAAUUCUUCUCCUGUUACGUCUCCCACUGAUUUCCUCGGUUUAAACCCGAUCGGGCCGACAACUAUCAAGUGCUCUGAUAGAGUACCUUCUGGGCAAUAUCCUAUGCCACGAUGUAUAACAAACAUGAUGUCUAGUUAUAAUGUUCAGCUUUAUAAUGUUGACGCAUUGUCAAAUUAUCGUUCAUUCAGACGAACUAGCCAUUUUGUUACUUUCUUUGGCCAAUAUAUUUCAUUCGAUAUUACUUCUUCAAAAAACACAAAUCCAACUUAUCCUAUGUUCUUACCAGCUGAUGAUCCUCUCUAUAAUCCAAAUCCAAAUUCCACUAUAUCACCAUACCAACUUAGUGUACCUUUUUUACCUGCUAAUCGGUCUGAUGGUAAUAAUGAUACUAAUCCAAUUCGAAAUCCUCUUCUUAGUGGAAUAAAUAAUGUCACCCCCUUUUUUGAUCUUAAUAAUAUUUAUGGUAUCAGUGAUCAAGACGCGAUGAACAGACUUCGUGAUACCUCAACAAAUAGAGGAAAAUUAAAAACAUCUAUUGUCAAUGGUGAACAAUUUCCUCCAAAAAAUAAUUCUGAUGGUUCCUAUAUUUGGGGCGCGACUUCGGAACGUUCAUAUAGUAUAUUUACUUUGGCUAUCCAAACAAUCUGGUUACGCGAGCAUAACCGUUUAUGCGAUGAAUUAUAUACAUUACACGGUAGUUCCUGGACUGAUGAACAAUAUUUUCAGGAAGCUAGGCGUUGGACUAUUGCCUUCUAUCAAAAAGCUGUUGCUGAGGAAUAUAUUGGUGCUGUUCUUGGUCGGCCUUUACCUGCUUACCAAAACUAUGAUCCUAAUCUUAAGCCAGGUGUUGACACUUUCUUUUCAACUGUCACGUUUCGAUACGGUCAUAGUGAAUUAAGUGAUUUUUACCGAAUUCAAGAUGAAUACGGUGAUACUCUUUAUAAUUUAGCUUUAAACGAUAUUAAAAAUCUCACUCUCUUGGAGACAUUUGGUUUAGCAAGAGUACUUUUGUCUAUGGCUCUCCAACGUCAGGAAGAAGUUGAUAUUUUUUUUGCAGAUUCAACCAAAAGUGCUCUGGCUCCUGAUCACCAUACCUAUGAUUUAGUGGCUUUUGACAUUAUAAGAAGUAGAGAUCGUGGCAUUCCUUUAUAUAAUGUGAUCAGACAAUACUUUGGUUUUCCUAAGGCUCAGUCGUUUGCCGACAUUUCCUCCAAUCCUACCAUUCAAGCAAACUUGGCUAAAAUCUAUCCAAAUGGAAUCGAGACCGUAGAGUCGUGGGUCGGUGUGAUGAGUGAAGAUCAUUUAAAUGGUUCAAACUUUGGCAUGGUUAUGAAUGCGAGUAUGGUGACGCAGUAUGCGUAUAUUAGAGAUUCUGAUAACUUUUGGUUCGAGAAACCUGAUAUGUUUACUGCUGAUGAACAAAAAAUUAUACGAAAUACAACACUCCGAGAUAUCAUCAUUCGUAACAUCAAUCCAAAUAUAACCUUUCCUCAAAAUAUUUGGGCCGUCCAACCUCAAAUAAAACUUAACAGUAGUGAUGAUGAUAAUUAUCCAAGCAAAAUUAAUAUUUGGACUCAAUAUAUUAUUAGUUAUAGGGUUGAUUUGACUUAUAUAUAUUUCAAGGUUCAAUUACAAACUUCUGAUGGUAAUGGUUGGUUUGGAAUGGGGUUUGGUCCAGACGAUGACGGAAUGAAAGGUGCCGAAUUUAUCAUUGGAAUUGUUACUAAUGGGAAUGUCACAUUAGGAUCUUACCACGCUGACAUAGGUGGUUACCAUCCUCCCCUUCAAGAUUCUAAACAAGAUCCCGUUCUCGUGCCAACAGCUUCUAUGUCUAAUUCAAAAGCUGUAACAGUAGAGUUCAAAAGACUUCUCAAUCCACCAGGAAGAAAACCAAUUGUGCAUGGUGAUAUGAAAUUUAUCAUGGCAUAUAAUCCAAAUAGUAAUGCCUUCUCUUAUCACCAAAAUAAUCGCAUCUUGAAUCAAGUGAAUUUUUAUGAUAGUGGGAUUAGUUCUGCAACUACUCUUAAUCUUCAGAGAUUGGUUAGAUUCAUUCAUGCAUCUUAUUUCCAAUAUCAAUCUUUAUUGUUCGGUACUGGAAGGAUGGGUUUAGUCGUAUAUGCUUUGGCAUUCGUUGAAUUAGCUCUUGGUGUGAUUGCUUUAUGGGGACAAACGUCUAUAGUAUCAGUUAAUAAGGAAUUGACACUUUUUGCCUCUCUUAUGGCUAAACUUUGGUGGCGUAUUGAGGGACUUUCUCAUAAAUUCUUUUGUAUUAAAGAUGAGACUAAUGAAGAGAAGAAAACGAUGAUGCAUACUCAUAUUAAUUAUAAAGAUUAUAUUAAAUUACCCGAGUUUACCUGGGAAGAAAUUAAUGAACGGGUUCAACGUGGGGCUUACUUAGUUGUUUGUGAUGGACUUGUGGUAGAUAUCCACAGUUGGUGUGAUUCUCAUCCGGGGGGGAGUCAAAUAUUAUUACGUGUUAUUGGAACAGAUAUUACAAGCGACUUUUACAACACGCACAAGAACGAUGAAAUUGUUGAAGAUAUAGAUUCUCCGGAGGCUUUAUUAAUUCCAAAGGAUGUACCUUCUGGAACCCAUUCAUCUGCGUUUACAAAAUAUAUCUCUCAUCUUCAAGGAACGCCAGCACCUCAAAAAAGACUCUCAGCUGCCAAAUUUAUUGACAACAUUAAUACAAAAUUCUAUUUAAGGACACCAUUGGCACAACAUACUCAUAGUAGAUUUGCCACACAGAAAAUGGCAACAUUGGUUAUAGGGAAAUUGGAUGACAAAAUAAGCGAAAAAGGGGGUUUGGCUCCAAGUGAUGGAUCUAUUUAUCAAAAUCCAGCAAACGAUUUUGUAGGAAUUGAUAGAGCGUUGGCUAGUACUCCAAAAAUUAACAAAUUUCAUCGUUAUAAGCUUACAAACAAACAAAUGGUUAAUGCAAAUGUUAAAUAUCCUGUGAUGAGAUUUACAUUUUCCAUAGUACAUCAAGGCGAGAAAGAUGUUAGCAUUGAGAAGUUUUUGCCUGGACAUUACGUUGAAGUGCAAUCUAGAGUAAAUGGUCAAAUUGUGAUUAGAAGUUAUACUCCUUUGGAAGGUAGUUUAUCCAAAUCAUUUUCCAUUUAUGUAAAAAUUUAUCCAAAGGGGCUCUUUUCACAGCAUUUGAAUGAACAGUUGAUAGGAUACGAAAUUCAAGUACGUGGCCCAUUUGAUGUUAGUGAUAGACAUAGUUCAAAUGUUGCACCUACAUUAGCAAAUCCAUUAAGUCGGAAAACGAGCAUUCUUUCACCUACGAGAUCCUAUACCCCUUAUGCUCAUUACACCAAAUUUACUGGAGCAAAGACUUCUUUAUUAAAUCCAGAUAGUCCGGAUGGUUGCUGGGACGAGUUAUAUAUGAUUGCUGGUGGUACAGGGAUAACACCAAUGUUACAGUUAAUCAAGUAUUAUUUGGAACAGUCAAUUAAACAAAAAAAUGAUACUGGUCAAUAUGUUGGAUAUAAACGAAUGCAUUUAUUAUUUGGGAACCGUGAAAUUGAAGAUGUUAUCGAUGGCGCAUUGCUUGAAGAUCUUGCACUUACAAGUAGAGGACAACUUACUGUAACGCACUGUCUUUCAGAGCCACCUUCAGAUUGGGAUGGUUUACGAGGAAGAAUUACUAAGAAAAUAAUACAAGAUUGGAUCAACUUAAUGAAAGGUGUACUCCUCCAAUCACCAAACAACGCUCAAUUGAUAGCAGAAAAUAAUAACUACAUGAGCAUUCUUCAGAGUCAUUCUGUACGUCGUGACGCAAAUGAGCAGGGUGUGAGUCCUUUGCCAAUUAUAAGUCUUCAAUCACCACCACCUACGCAACCACAAUCUCAUGGUGAUCAUCAGAGAUAUGAUGAUGACAGUAUAAUUGAUAUGGGUCCUAGGCCAGAGUCGCAAGCGUCAACAGGAAAAUUUAGAACACCUAAAAACAUUGAUGUAGAUUUAGCAAAUUAUGGAAGAAGCGAUGAUCUAAUACAAGGAAAAAUUAUUGUUUGUGGUCCACCCGAUAUGUUAUUUACCAUCGAACAAGCUUUGCUUGAAAUGGGAUUUACUGAAAAAAGUAUGAUUAUACUACGUUAA